AUGGCAGAUAUCUGGUACUUGGGGAUUUUGGCAUAUGCUAUGAUAAAUCCUAACCUUAAUACUCUGUAUCGCAAGGAGUCGGAAAGCUUCGGUGUUGCGUUUAAUUUGGACAUCAUGAAACAUUUUAUGCAAGGACAAAUUCUUCCUGAUUAUGAUGCAAAAUACGAAGUCUUGUGAGUGACCAUGUGAUGGCAAAUAGACAAAAUUUUCAAUUUGUGUGCAAAUUUCGAGCCAAAUUCAUGACCAGCAGCAUCGAAUGUUCUCUGUAUAAUUAGGAGAGAAGAUCUUGAAUCAUCGCUUAGUGUGAAAAAGCUUCGGAUGAGCAAAAACACUGCACUAGAAGCAGUUGAUUUGGAAUUUGCUCGUCAAAUAUCGAGUGAAAGAAAAUUUGCAGAAGAAGAAAGUCAAGGUGUUGAAGAACAAACCCCCGAGAAUGAUGCAACUAACGCUUGUGCCUUUUUACCAGUUGCAAUAGGCGAUGAAUUUUUACAAGCAGUAAUGGCAAAUCAAGAUUUCAUAUGUGAAAACUUGGUAGAGCUGGCAGAAGAAGCCUUAACCACUCUUCCCUCAAAAAUUAACAAUGUAAGAGAUGCAAACAAAAUGUAUGAGGCAUCAGAAACCAAAUCUGUUUUAGAAGCAAAUGAUCUGUUAGUAGCAAAUUAUGACCUCACUGAAGAAUGCGUAUCAGCCAAUGGCGUAUUCUCAGAAGCAGGAAGGAAAGAACUCAUUGCUACGCUAACUAAGCUACAGCCAGAAGCAAAAAAUUGA